AAUUAUUAUUUUUACGAGUGGCGAAGCCACAAUUGAAAAUAUAUAUUUUCUAUUAUCACAAGUGAAUUUAUAGACCUUUUUUUACAAUAUAAUUCUUAUUUGUAUUAUUAAUAUACAGUAGACUUCACUUUUGUUGGAAUAGUAUUUAAUUUAAACAAAACAUUUAAUGCAACACACAUUUUAACUAUUCAUAGGAAAGUCAAGCCACGGGCAUAUGCAGUUCCCGAACAACCUGACAGAGAUCCGGUGCAUCUCUACAAGCUAUAUGCCGACAAACGCCCUGUUGACAUGAUGACAGAAGACAGCCCCUUCUUCUUAACUCCUGGCAACAAGACACAGCAAUGCUGGUUCAGGAAGUCUGCCAUGGGAAUAAACAAGCUAUACAGCAUAAUGACCGAGAUGAAAACAGAUGCUGGUAUUCAAGAGCCAAGAAUCACCCCAUACAGUGCAAGAAAGCACUUGAUUCAGAAGCUGAAUGACGAGAAUGUUCCUGCUCAUCAAAUAAUACAGAUUUCAGGGCACAGAAAUAUUAACAGCUUAAAUAAUUACAGCAGUUUGAACAAGGAACAGUCAAAAAAUAUUUCAAAAAUACUUUCUCAUUCAAACCAGUCAGUUGAAAAGCACAACCGCACAGCCACUGCCACUGCGUCAGCCACACCUGCAUCAAGUGAUUUUCCGAUGGCCCGAGGAUUUUUUGUCAACUCACAUUUCCAGGGCAAUGUAACAUUUAAUUUUCACAACUCUGAAUCUUACAUGGGCCUUUCCCAGACACAGAACGUAGUCAAUCACCAGAGGCAAUCUCCAUCCCGUACACCGGCGGUAACCGCAGAUUCCCCUGUACAGCGACACUACAAGCGAAUCCGUCUUAUUGCAGAGAGUGACAGUGAUUGAUAUCGAAACCAUUUAGCACAAAAACACUGUUGAAAUAUGUUUGCGUUCCUAGUUUAAUCCAGUUAUGUGUUAUUAAUCCAGCAAGUCGUAAAAGUGUUGUUCAACAUGGCGAGCACUUUCGUAACUUUGAGAUCAGUUGAAUACACAAAUUACUACGCCAGUAUAUGCAACACUAUUAAUUUCAUAAUAAUUUAAAUUAAACUAUUGUUUGUAAUAAUAUUGAAUGUAUAAAGUAUGAAAAAGAUAUAUGUUGAAUAAAACAUUGAUUUUAAUAGUAA